UUUGCUGGGCUUACAUCACUACUUGGGUUACUGCUGAUCAGGAGGUUGAAUGGGAAGUUGUGUAUGCCAAAUUGCUUUAGAGCGCCUGUGUAACGGAUCUAGAGUAGAGCAUUAUAGUUGGGCUGUUGAGAAGGCGAACCUGCAAGAGGAACGUACCGCUUCAACAAUCCUGCCUCAUCCUCCUUGAUGUUAGUCCCCAUCCUGCUGACAACUCUGGGGGCAGAAGGGGGACAAUCUCUUCUUACGUGGCGUUAUUGAAUUGAGGAUCUAGGACAUUUUCUUGGAGUAAAAAGUCGGGGUGAAAGUGGAUGCCCCUGUGUCGUCCUUUGCUUAUGGAAUGGUUGUUUACUAAGUGACAAAGACAUAAUAUAAACCGUUUUAAUAGUAGAUGAAGGCUGUCAAGGACGUUCAGAUACAUAUUUCUAUUUGGUCUAUAUUGUUUUAUUUUCAUCAAGAAAAAUACAUCGAGAAGAUUGCUGUUGACUCCCUGGGUUUGGAUUAGACCAGCUUAGCUGAGAACACCGGGAACUGACAAAGCCAUUUCCUUCAAUUCGGCUUCAUUUGGGAGGGAAAAGAGCCAUGGAGCUGAGAGUGGGCAACAAAUAUAGACUAGGCCGAAAGAUCGGCAGUGGAUCCUUUGGAGAUAUUUAUUUGGGUGCCAAUAUCACAACAGGGGAAGAAGUUGCAAUCAAGCUGGAAUGCGUGAAAACAAAACACCCACAGCUGCACAUUGAAAGCAAGUUUUACAAGAUGAUGCAAGGGGGAGUCGGCAUUCCUUCUAUCAAGUGGUGUGGAGCUGAGGGAGACUACAACGUCAUGGUAAUGGAGUUGUUGGGUCCCAGCCUUGAAGACCUUUUUAACUUCUGCUCUCGGAAAUUCAGCUUGAAGACUGUUCUCCUCCUUGCAGAUCAAAUGAUCAGUCGGAUAGAAUAUAUUCAUUCCAAAAACUUCAUUCACCGUGAUGUUAAACCUGAUAAUUUCCUAAUGGGCUUGGGAAAGAAGGGGAAUCUUGUUUAUAUAAUUGACUUUGGAUUAGCUAAAAAGUACAGAGAUGCCCGGACCCAUCAGCAUAUCCCGUAUAGGGAGAACAAGAAUUUGACUGGAACAGCUCGUUAUGCUUCCAUUAACACACACUUAGGAAUAGAACAAAGUCGUAGAGAUGACCUUGAAAGCCUUGGGUAUGUCCUGAUGUAUUUCAAUCUUGGAUCCUUACCCUGGCAGGGGCUAAAAGCUGCAACCAAGCGUCAGAAAUAUGAGCGUAUUAGUGAGAAAAAGAUGUCCACACCCAUUGAGGUUCUCUGCAAAGGCUAUCCAUCGGAGUUUUCAACCUACCUGAAUUUCUGCCGGUCUUUACGCUUUGAUGACAAGCCUGACUACUCCUACUUAAGACAGCUAUUCCGGAACCUUUUCCACAGACAAGGUUUUUCUUACGACUAUGUUUUUGACUGGAACAUGCUCAAGUUUGGUGCAGGCCGUAACCCAGAGGAAGCAGAACGAGAGAAGAGAGACCAUGAAAGAGAGGAUAGGUUGGGCCCAGUGCGUGCCACUGCAGCACGAGCCCUGCCUCCUGGACCUGUGGCAGGAGCUACGAGCAACCGGCUUAGGAAUGGAGCAGAGCCUAUGAUUUCCACUCCAGCAGCACGUGUUCAACAUUCUGGAAAUACAUCUCCAAGGGGAAUAUCACGAGUAGAGAGGGAGCGAAAAGUCAGUAUGCGAUUGCAUCGUGGUGCUCCAGCCAAUGUAUCAUCCUCUGAUCUCACAAGACAAGAGCUGUCUCGAAUUUCAGCAUCACAGGCUAGUAUGCCGUAUGACCACCUCGGAAAGUGAGUCAGUUCUAUGGACCAACAUUCACUUUGUGUUUUGUUUUAUUUUGCCAAUGAAACUGAAACUCUUCUGAGUUAUGUGACCAUCUGGGAAUUGAGUCCUUUUGAAGAUCAGCAGUCUGGAAAAAGGGGUGUGUUUUCUGUCUCUUGGCAGUUUCUUAUAAGAGCAUGGACUCGAUACCCCUGCUUUGUAGCAAGAGUACACAUAGAGCCAGCUUUCUUCAGACUGGAUUUAAGGUUCAGCUUGGGUUAGGUUCAGUUUGAUUGGAAAUGAAGAUGGUGUCUUCUGGUUGCCAAAAGCAGACAACAUACCAUGGCAUUAUUUUUUUUUCUAGCCAAGAGAAUUAAAUCCUUGGAGCAAAUGAGAUGAUGGAAGAGCAAAUGUGGAAAAUCCUAUGGAAUCGACAUCUGUUGAAGUGGAGUCCAUUUAUUGCUGCCAGUAUCCCAUAAUGCUUCAGGUGCAUUGCUGAAGAUAUGCUGAACAACUUAACAUGAUCUCUGCCAAAUGAAGGAUUCCAACACAAGGCUGGAGAGUCCAGUUUGCAACUGCGCAUUGCUGCUCUUAAGCUUUAUUUUUUUUUUUUUUUUUUUUUUUAUGAUCCAUGGCAGAUGCUGGAGUACCACUGAUAAAUCUUCCUAGUUCUUCAGCAUUUGUGUUGUGGCCACAACUGCAGAGAAAGUUUUUAUAGCCCUCCCUAGUUUAUCUUCAGGUUAUUACGUGGCCUGACUGCUUAAUGAUGAAGGUGGCAAACUUGUAUUACUUAUCAAACUGAACACUAAUUGAGUAUGAUCAUUUAAGACCUUGUUGUUUUAGCUAAGGGUCUUGGAAGAGUCUUAUCUGAAUAAGGGGGUACUGUAAUUCUUUAGUGUCAGUAAAUGUUCACCACCCCUUAAGAGUUUACACUUUUCCUUUGAUCCCUCCCUCUCCAGCAAAACUGAUCAUGCACUUUAUCUGUUCUAAUGAGAAAACUGCUUUGUAAUGUAUGUACCGUCUGUCUGUUGAAGGGUUGCAACAUGGGAAAAGAUGCAGUGAAUGGCUUGGACUUAGACAUGCUGGGAGGACACCGGAUGUUGCAGACGUGUUUUAAAUAGUAAGGCCAUCAUUCUUUAUCUGUCUUAUGUGAUUUUUCUUCCUUUGUAUAGAGAUUCUUAGGGUAGUGUUAAAGGUCCCACUUGAGAGAGUGGACAUAGUACUUUCCUCUGCAAUUUUGAAAACUGGUUGCAGGCUGGCUGGCAACUAACAAGCAGUAUUGUUGCUUAAACUAUGUACAGGGUUUCAGGAAGUCGUAUAACUGGGUCUUCUGCCAUCUUUUUUGAAGGGGGCAUCUGUGUAGUUAGAGGGUAUAAUUUGCCAAGAUAACAGCAAGGGCAUUAGUGAGAAGUGAAAAUUGGUAUUGGUGUAUGGUGAUGGCUCUAAAGACCUUGAUAGGAUCAUAGGAGGUUACUAGGCUAAUGGCCCUGGGGCUCUUACAAGGCUAGCCAAGAGUUUGUACCCAAAAAGAAAUCCCAGUCAGCACCUUUUGUUUCGAUUUCUAGCUAACAUGCAAACUGUGCUGUGGUGAGCAAUAGUUUCUAUAGGACUAGCUAAGCUAUCCAGAGUCUGGUACAGUAGUAGCAUCUGCAUCGGAUGUCAUGUCUUAUUCUGGGAGGAGCUUCACAGUACACAGUUUUUAGGGCUAAUCUGUCACCAGCAAACUUCAUCUUUAAAAUGCAACAAUUUGAUUUUAUUGUAUUCUGUGUCUUAGAAUGGAGAAUGCAGCAUUUUCGAGUGAUGAAGGCAGAGUAUCCAAGGGGUGAAGUUUUGCAAAGUAUGCUGCCUCUUGGAAACCCUGACCUUUCUUUUAGAAGAAGAAAAUCUUCAGGAAAGACUUAACAUCUUUUGUUCCAUCUACCUUUUUACUGACCUUGUAUGGUCUGUAGUUCUUAAUACUAGGGACAUAAUUUUUAAUUUUGAAUGGGUCCUUUACUUAUAAGUACACCCUUUGGCAUUGUUCAGUAUAAGUGGCAAAAAAAGUCUGUACUUUGGUUCCUUAGUCUGACUUACAUUUGUAAACCAUUGAAUUUUCAAGUGGAGUUUUCACAUACUGAUGUCUACUACUUCAUGUAAAUCAGAUUGAAGCUUUAGGAACUCUAAAUUCCUUCUGCUGCCAUACUGUGUGUUAAAUAGCUAGUUUACCUAGGUAUGUCACUUGAUGUCUACUUUCAUAAAGGGUUUACUGAUUCUGUCAGAUACAAGUGACAUAAGGGACUGGAGAAAUUGUAUGAUGGUGGAAAAAAAUCUUGCAGUUGCGCCAGUGGGAACUUCUCUCCUCAGCUUCCCCAAGGAGUAAGAACAGAGAAAAAGGAAAUAUCAGAAAUGGAAACCUAGAAAGAAGGUAAUGAAGGCCACUGCAUGUAGGCCCCCAACGCACAUAUCACAUGACUGCCAGGUCAUCCUGCCAGAGUUCAUCCUGUUUUGGUAUCAACUGAUUGUGUGUGUGUACACUUAUGCACUCACUUUUCAGGUUAUUGAGCCCUAAGUCACAGGAAUUCGAGGAGGAGCCAGUAGGUCAUGCUAAUCCCGACUUUGCUGUGGCACUUUUUGUAGUUUAUUGGUCCUGACAUUACUGGCAACCUUUUACAAGCUAAAGUGCCUCUAAGUUGUGAAUAUCCCAAGGCAUAAAGGUUUUUUGUCACUGCCACCUCUGUCCAGGAUUGAUUCUGCACAGUCAGGCACCUGUUCUCAACCUACGCCUUGUUUUUCAUCACCACUUCAAGAACAUACUGUUCCCAAAAUGUAUGUAUACAUUCCCAAAAACUGUUUAUAGGCACAGGGUAACCCCCACCCCAGGUGCACUGGGGUAACCUAUUCCACGCCAUAUAGGCAUGCAAGAUUCCCUAAUGUACCACUCCUCUGUAAGUGCUGAACCACAGACACAUACCACAGCCCCCAGCCAUUGUUAGGUUAUCAUGGAGUAUGUUAGUGCACAGUGGGAUGCUACAGUUACUUCUUAGCUUUAAUGUACCCUUUUUCAGUAGUAUAUGUUGUAUGCAGGUAUGUUUGUUUAAACACUUUUUCAGUAGUCACUUGCGGCCAUAAUUUCUUGAAUCUGCACACUGAAGUAGCCUUCCCAGCACAUCCAGGGCACAAACACGUAAGGCCAGAUUCAAUAAAGCCGACACUAAGUGUACACAAUAUGUAUUCAAGAACAUUCUUAUCACAUUUUUUGUGUUUUA